AUGGCAUUCGUACAUGUGGGCGGGCGCUGUAACGCCUCUUUCACCCCACCUGCUACCAUGUCUCGUUCAUCUAGUGGUGGAAAUGUCUACAAACCUUCACAGGAGGCAGUUUUUCAAGGGUCAGGUGUAAUAAACCAGCUGGACUUCGCCCAUGUCUUCUGCAGAGCGAGCUCCACUCGUGAUGUACAAGGAAUUAUCUCUAGACACGUUAAUGGAGUGAAGCACAUACUCUUUACCAGGUUGAGCUGUAAUGAAGUAGAGAAAGAGGAAAUGGAAGUGAAAGGCAUUUUGAAGAGGUCUCAGUCACUAAGGAGUGUUUCUACCGAUCAUGGCCUGACCUGGACUGAAGCUGGACUCAGAGACAAACGCAAGUCUGUCUCUCAGCUUGUAGCACAGUACCAAAACUCUCCUGGCAUUAAAACAAAGACUGUUGAUUCAGGUGACAUAAAGCAUCAGCUGACCCUACAGGUCACACCGAUCACCCUCAAUGAUGCUGAUGGCAAACUCAAGAGUCCAGUGAGAAAAUCAGACAUAAGCGAGAGGUCCAGAACCUCUCCUCUCUCCCGCAGUAAGUCAAUGGAAAACCUCCCUCAACGCAGGCCUGUGGGCACCACGGCACUCAGAGAGCUGUUUGAGUCCAAAGUCUCCAUCCAGCCUCGGUCCAGGACCAACAACAUGGCACAUGAACCAAUUGGCACUGACAAAGCACAAACACUUCCUAAUAACAACAACACAACAUCACAAGCAGAAGCAGAGGUUAAAAAUAGCCACGAUAAACAAGAUGAGAAGACUGAAGUGGAUCAAAUGACUUCAAAGGCAUGGUCAGCUGUUAGCAGAACAGAAGCGGCCACAGGCUUACUGACACACUUGGAGAACACACAUGGCCGACAGACCAGUCACAGGAUCAUUACAGAUCUAAAUAUCAGAACAAUUCAGAAGGAUCUAAGAGAGAAAACAUUGAAUGAGGAUAAAAGAAGGUCGGUUGCAGACUUCAGAGACAGCUCGGCUCUACACGGACGAGAGAUAACCUCUAUUUCUGUCAAAACUUUGUCUGCACUAUAUCUGUCAAAAGUGGCAGCUGCAGAGCCUGCGGGAAACCUUUUCAAACCAGAACAGGAUCUUACUUCUCCAACUGGAAAAAGAAUAAAACCAUUUAAGAUGGCUGAAGGUGCACAGAAUAUCUCUCAACAACAUCUCAUUGAAUAUGAAAAAGAAAAUGCAUCUGAAUUAAUCCCACCUACAAAUCAUCUGGAAGUCAGCAUAGAGGAAUGCGAGCGGCCCUUCACUUCACCACCCCCCACAAGAGAAACUAUGUACAAUAUGCACCAACGGCGACAGAAGUGUGAGCUUAAACGACUGCUAAAACACACAUGUCCAGAGUUGAAAAACGUAGACAGUUUGGUAGACGAGGAGCUGGCUGAUAUUCUUAACACUGACCCAGAUAAAGACACUGGAUACCAGUCCAGUGAGGUCCUUUCCAGGCGCUGGUUAUUUGAGAACCAAGCAACAAGAGAUCUGCAAGAUGUCAGAAGCACAUCUGGUUUGUCUGAAGAACCCUUGUGUAGCUCCCACAAUGAUGACAACAAACUGCAAUAUGUCUUUCAGACCAAAACUCAACUUAAUGAGGCAGAGGAAGUGACAUCAGAGGAGAGCAUCAAGGUGGAUGUCAAAGCCACACGCAAAAUGUUUGAAAUUCAAUCACCAGUUUCUUCAAAAGAAAGGCAGGUUCCCUGUCCAAAAAGAAAUGUUGUUUAUGAGGAGCAGAGUAGAUCAGAACAGAAACCAAAGACUGAUUCUUGUGAUUUUACUGAUGGAACAAAGACAUCAAACAUCCACCAUAACAAUCUCCCAAGUGUCACAGAUACGAAUGAGGUAUUCGUAGGUGUCUCCAGAGCCAAACAAGUCUUUGAAAACAGGUCACAUGAGCAGGAGAGCAUCUCUACAUCAUUUGACAGUCUUAGCAAAGAGGAAGAAAUGCUGAAGGCCAAUGUAAAAAAUAGAGCCCAGAUGUUUGAAUCUACUCCUCUUGAUAAGAUCAAUCAACAAACCAAAGAAGAAUCAGAAACUAUGCUGGAGAGCAUGCAAGAUACUUUAAUUUCUUUAUGGAACUUCAAUAUCAUUCAAACCGACGGAUCCAUCCUUGAAGCUAAUGAAACAGGGCAUGUCAGAAAAGCCAGAUAUAGUUUUACAAAAGAUUCAAAACCAGAAGUUCAUGAUGAGGAGAUACUGACUGGAAGUAUAAAGAACAUCAUGCUUCAGGUGCUACCAGGAACAAACCUGAACCCCAUUGUCACCUUCCUAAAAGAAGACAGUCAGGGCAACGUGGAGAUUCAUAAGGUAGAUGUUCCAACUCACUUACUUCCAUUCACUGUACUUCAAGAUAAAGACUGCAGAAUUGCAAACGUGGUGCAGAUUACAGAAGAUCUACUUGGUCAAGAGAAGUCCCUGAGGAAAGGAGUUUUAAUACAAGACUGUGGCAAAGAAACGAGAGAGAUAACAGUUUAUGCUCUCUUUAGCCACAGUGAAGAGAGCACGCGGAUGAUGGAGUUUGGCAAAAUGGAUUGCAAGUCUGUUUCUUCGAAUCAAAUAAAAAUUCUGGAGCCUGAAAAUAAGGAUGUGAAGAUAGACAUCAGUUGCACAACAGGGGCUGUGACGGCAAAUUCUUCAGCAACGGACCUGGAAGCAAGCAGAACCAUUAAUGUACAGUUAGUGCGAAGCUGCAUUGAGAAGGGAGACCUUGAUCAUUUAAAACAUCUACAAAAAACACUAUCAGAUGAAGAUAUAAUUGGUUCUUCUGAGGAAAUAGAGAAAACAAGUGAGAUUAUUUCAGGUAAUGUUAAAAAUAUCAAAGCCCUUUUUAGUACAAAUGUGAAUGAUACAAGCUUGAUUUUAGAGUCUGCCAAAAGCAGAGAAUUGAAGGUGUCAUCGACAGAAAGUGUGAAAACUACUAAGACUGAAGAACUAAUGCAGACACAAGAUGAAAAACACUCUGAAAUGGAUAAUAAAGGAGAAAUAUUUCAAGAUCAAGAUAUCACAGAUGAUGGAGCUGUUCUUAAAGCAGAGCUGGUUGAUGUUGUUGAAGAUGAUGAGUUGCUGAAUCUACAAACGGCCAUCAGGAAUCUUCAUCACGCCACGAUGGAAGCUAAAGCUCUUCAACAGAGUGUCCAAGCAAAACUUCAACCUGAAACCAACCAAAUCCAACAGAUCACUGACCCUGGAUCAGCGAGCCAUGAGUUAACAGAAGUCAAGCAAGACAAUAAUACAACUGAGGACAAAGAGCCCUUGCAGACCUCUAAAAGAGAGCAAGAAGAGGGAAGUGACGAUGGUAUGAGAGGUAGCAUUCAAGUAGCUCUUGAAUCUUUAGGAAAGUCUAACUUUAAUGUCACGAAGGGUGAUUUUCGAGCUGCGAUGAUUUAUAGGAAUACAGUCAAGGCGUAUGCAGGACACAAAAAGGUAACAUAUGAUCAGUCAAGUGAUAGGACUGCUGAAGAAACCAAGAAGUCUUCUUCUGGGCUUCAAACUGAACAGCAGGUUCUAAAUAGACAGCAUGAAGGAGUUGAUACAGCUUCUUGUCAAAUGCCAUCUGAAAACAAAACACUUACAAAACAAAUGCAUGUUUCCACAAACGCUCCUCCCAAGAAACGUAAAACUCCAAUUGGUCCCAAACCAGCAAUCCCACCUAAACCAGAUCAUUUAAAAAUGAAGCCCAACCCAACUGACUGUGAUACCAAAGCAGACCACAAAGGACAAGUCAAAACUUCUUCGUCAAACCAACCAAAUGAGGAGAUUAAAGAUCCCUCAUCAUGUCCCAAAUCAUGCCCAGACCCAAUGUCUUAUAAAGACGUCCUUUGCAAGAAUUUACAGGUUAGUGGUAACACAUGUGAUACGUCAGUGAACAUCAAGAUCAAUGAUGGUCCCAUGCAAGCUGUUGAAGAAUCUCCAAAGAGCUCUGCAGAAAGGUCCACAAGGUUUCAAGCUACGCUUCAAAACUUUGAAGCGAAGGCGGGUGGAUCAGUAGCACCAGUGAAACCUAAAAGAAUCAAAAUGGCUAAAGAUCACGUGAAGAACUCCACAGAGAACAUGAAAAACAAUAUUGAAAUUCAGCGGGUUGACAUCACACCCCAGUGUAACGGUUCUCCUCAUGACAGCACCUCCUCCUGUGAGACCUAUAAGAGGGAGAAAAACGAUAAAUGCGAUGAUGAACAAAAGAGUGAAGUGGUCAGAAGAAAAAAGAAAACGAGACGUGAAACUGAAGACGAAAGGAGGCAGAGGCUUUCGGUGCACAUGGACGAGAUCAUGAAGGGCAACGUCACGGUUGUCAUUGACAUCUUCGACAAGCUGAAGAAACAAGAGGAGCUGAAAACCAUACUUUCCAAAGUCGAGGAAAUGAAAGACGACACCAACAAAGUCAACGUGAGCUCUAUUAUAAACAUCUUUGAGAACGUGCCGGAUUGGGUUGUGCCACAGGAGGAGACAAGUGGUUCUAAAACGGUCACGCGGGAACGUAGAGUUGGUGAUUCAGAUUCACCUGUGGAACCGGAGAUGAUGUCCUCCAUGCAGGCGGCUUUUGGGGAUCUAGAGAAAGCGGGGGCUGAGAUAAUCCAUUUGAAAGAGCAAACACUUGCGAGACUCAUGGAUAUAGAAGAGGCUAUUAAGAAGGCUCUUUACUCUGUAUCGACUCUUAAAUCGGAUUCUGACAUCGUAGGGCUCUCUGGUCUCUUCAGGGAGUCGAUGGUGGCGGUGCAAGGCUCACCUAACUCAGGUAACAUAAGGAAAAUCAGCAUCGGGUCAAGUAAAUCACCAAAGGCCCAGAAUGGACAGGCAACAAAACCAGUCUCAAUGCCAGAGUGUUUAAUUCCAACGACCAAACAGAGAUCAGUAUCCCCAGCAUCCCCUUCAUUCAUUUCCAUUCAGUCUGCAGCCAGGAAACCUGAAGAGUCUCAGAUCAGUCCCCAAAAAGCCAAAGAGAUCAAACACCAGUGUUGCUGUACUGCAUCUUCAGAUCGGAAGCAGUGUGCCGUCGUGAAGGAGGUCUCCUUCAGUCCUGCCAAUCCAAGACGUCAGGUCAGUGUGUUAGAAGUUCAGACAGCACCUGAGGAGAGAGUCAUUGGUACGAAAACUAUCAGUGAGAACUACGAGAAGACGGACUGUUUCGGAAACAAGUUCUACUCUUCUAAAACCUCUACGGUUGUCACGACUCAACCUGAAACAAAGACAACUUCAAAGAAGUUUAUCACGACAAGUCCUGCAACAACAGAAAUUGCCACAUACCCAAGAAUCAACACACCUUUAAUCAGAGAAGACAGGCCUCCGAUGUAAACACUGGUGCAUGUGGGAAAUUGAUUUCAGAUUAAUGAAGGAAAAUUGUUGACCACAUAUACAGUAUAAGAGAUCUAAUGUAUUUGCAUUUAAAUGUAAUAGAUGUUUGUACUUAUUUUGCUUGUGGUUUUAUUUUAUGUUAUUUUAUUCUGUAUGAUGUUUGUGAUUGAAUGUUUUUUUAUGAAUAUUUAUGAAAGCCUUGCAGUCCAAUAAGCCUUGCUAUGAUUUGUAAUAUUAUUUAUGUUGCAUGUGAAACUUA